CGUGACCACGUUUCCCGUUGGUAUAGUCUGUGUACUGUAGUUACGGAACGAUCUCAUUUUCAGUUGCCGGUUCGAAUGGUAUGCACGUAUCACCGCUGAAUUCUUUUAUUUCCUUUCUCUUUUGAAAGACGUUAUCAGUACUGCUGCAUAACCAGCUGUUUUGACAUAAAAGUGAUUAUUUCUGAAAAAUUUAUAAUAAUACUGCGAUAAUAAUAAUACGAUAUUAUCAGUAUUUAAAAAAUUGUUAUAGAUAGCUUUAAUGCAACAUUAGUUGCACUAAAAGUGUUGUGUUACUUAAAGAAAAGAAGAUAAUAUAAAAUAUGGGUACAUUUAUGACUGCCAAGGAUAUUCGACAAGCUUAUAUUGACUUUUUCCAAAGCAAAGGUCAUGAGUACGUACAUUCCAGUUCAACAAUACCUCAUGAUGACCCAACAUUAUUGUUUACAAAUGCUGGAAUGAACCAGUUCAAACCAAUAUUUCUGGGAACAGUAGAUCCUAACAGUGAGAUGGCAAAAUUUGUAAGAGUUGUUAACAGUCAAAAAUGCAUUAGAGCUGGGGGAAAGCACAAUGAUUUAGAUGAUGUUGGGAAAGAUGUUUAUCAUCAUACAUUUUUUGAAAUGAUGGGCAAUUGGUCUUUUGGAGAUUAUUUUAAAAAAGAAAUUUGUACUUGGGCCUGGGAGUUUUUAACAAUCAAAUUAAAAUUAUCACCUGAUAAUUUAUAUGUAACUUAUUUUGGUGGAGAUGAGAAGAAUAAUUUAAAGCCAGAUGAAGAAUGUAAAAAUAUCUGGCUUUCACUAGGAGUACCUCCUACACAUGUUUUGCCUGGAAGUAUGAAAGAUAAUUUUUGGGAGAUGGGAGAGACAGGGCCUUGUGGACCAUGCAGCGAACUGCACUACGACCGUAUAGGUAACAGAGAAGCAGCUCAUUUAGUAAAUCAGGAUGAUCCAGAUGUUUUGGAAAUUUGGAAUCUUGUAUUUAUACAAUUCAAUAGGGAGUCUGAUGGAAGUUUAAGAUCAUUGCCAAAGAAACAUAUUGAUUGUGGUUUAGGUCUAGAAAGAUUAGUGUCGGUUAUUCAAAAUAAACGCGCUAAUUAUGAUACAGAUUUAUUUUUACCACUUUUUGAAGCCAUUCAAAAGGGUACAGGAGCACCACAUUAUGAAGGAAAAGUUGGUGCGGAUGAUAAAGAUGGAAUAGACAUGGCAUACAGAGUUUUAGCUGAUCAUGCAAGAACUCUUACAAUUGCUCUCGCAGACGGAGGUGUACCCGAUAAUACUGGCAGAGGGUAUGUGUUGAGACGAAUUUUAAGACGUGCUGUACGUUACGCGACAGAAAAAUUGAACGCGAAACCUAGAUUUUUUGGAACAUUAGUGAAUGUGGUUGCAGAGUUGCUUGGUGAUGUUUUCCCUGAAGUAACUAAAGAUCCACAAUAUAUCAUUGAUAUCAUUAAUGAAGAAGAAUCUCAAUUUCUUAAAACUUUAUCGCGCGGUCGUAAUUUAUUGAAUCGUACUAUUACAAAACUAGAAUCAUCCACUAUUGUUCCCGGUGAUGUCGCUUGGCGUUUAUAUGAUACAUACGGUUUUCCUGUUGAUUUAACACAAUUGAUGACAGAAGAAAAAGGUCUGAAGGUGGAUAUGGUAGGCUACGAAGAAGCAAAAAAACAAGCUCAGCUUGCCUCCCAAAGCAAAACCGGUGGUGUGGAUGAUCAACUUAAUUUAGACGUUCAUGCAAUUACUGAAUUACAAAACAAAGGGAUCAAGCCUACUGCGGAUUUACCAAAGUAUAAUUACUCUGUUAUCAAUAAUAAAUUAUACGAGGAAUACGAUUUUAUUCCAUGUACAAGUACGGUACUCGCUCUUAGACGAGCUAAAAUUUUUGUCGACGAAGUGUCUUCUGGAGAAGAAGUUGGAAUUUUGUUAGAUCAAACUAACUUUUACUCUGAACAAGGUGGACAAAUAUAUGAUGAAGGAUUUUUAGUGAAGACGGAUGAUGAAGAGACAGAAAUUCGGAUAAAAAAUGUUCAAGUCAGAGGUGGUUAUGUCUUGCAUAUGGGCUCUGUAGGUCAAGGAGUAUUAAGAAAAGGUGAUACAGUUUACUUGAAUAUAGAUACUACACGCAGGAGACUCGUGAUGAGCAACCAUACGGCGACUCAUAUACUUAAUUUUGCUCUUCGAAAAGUAUUGGGUACGGAAGUUGAUCAGAAAGGCUCUUUGGUAGCACCUGAUCGUCUCCGCUUUGAUUUUACAAAUAAAGGUGCUAUGACUCCGGAGCAAGUGAAACAAGUUGAAGAGAUUACUAAUAAUAUCAUACAAGAAAAGAAAAACGUUUAUGCUAAAGAAAGUAAGUUAGCAUUAGCAAAAACUAUCCGGGGUUUACGCGCUAUGUUCGAUGAAACAUAUCCGGAUCCUGUCAGAGUAGUUAGCAUAGGAAUUCCAGUUGAAGAUUUGGAAAGUUAUCCCUUGGGUUCGUAUGCAAUGGAAACCAGUGUAGAAUUUUGUGGAGGAACCCACUUGCAUUGUACACAGCACAUUGGAGAAUUUGUUAUAGCUAGUGAAGAAGCAAUCGCUAAAGGUAUUAGGCGUAUUGUAGCUCUUACUGGUCCUGAAGCAACAAAAGCUCAGAAAAAAGCGACAGUACUGCAGAAUCAAUUGGAUCAGCUUCGAAAAACUAUAACAGCCGAUAAAAAUGGCAUUAAUUCUAAAGAACAUGUGAAAAAAAUUGUUGAAUUAACAGAUGAUGUCUCACGAGCUACAAUUUCAAGUUGGAAAAAAGACGAAAUACGUAAAAUGUUGAAAAACUUGAAGAAAACAAUUGACGAUCAAGAACGCAUUAUAAAAGCAGCAAUCGCUAAUACAGUGGUCGAAACUAUUCAACGAAUAAUUCAACAAAAUGUUGGAUGCCCAGUAUUAGUCGAAGUCUGUGAAGCGUAUAGUAACACGAAAGCUUUAGAUUCUGCCUUAAAAAAAAUAAAAGCUAUAUCUCCGGAAACAAGUGCAUUACUUGUUAGUGUGGAUUCUGAUGCUAAAAAGAUAUUUGCACUUAGUACAGCUUCCAAGUCUGCUGUAAAUAAGGGCUUGAAAGCAAAUGAAUGGAUUCAAGAAAUUGCUCCACUUAUGGGAGGAAAAGGUGGUGGAAAACCGGAGUCUGCUCAAGCUUCGGGUACCAAUAUUUCAUGCUUGAAUAAAUUAGUGCAUACAGCUAAAAAUUUCGCUAAUUUAAAGCUUGGAAUUACAGAUAUAAUUAGAAAAGAUAAUCAGGAUAAUAAGUCUAUAACUAUUGAAAAUUCCGUGUGUUCGAAAGUUUCAAAGGAUAAUUUAAUACUUCACUGUGAUGUUGGAAGUAUGAAAUAUUAUCGUGCUCAGAUAGUAGCAAAGUAUAGUGGAAAAGAAUUAAUUAUAUCAGAAAAUAAAAGUAAUCGUGAAAUUCCUACAGAUAUAAAGCUUGAAGGAAAUGGGUUUGAAUUAUUUGAUAGUAACGCAAUUGCUUUUUAUUUAGCAAAUGAUCAAUUGAAAUGUUCAAAGGAUUCAUAUGCAUUUAGUCAAGUUUUACAGUGGUCAAGUUAUGCGGAUAAUCAUAUUUUGCCUGCAGUUUCUGGGUGGAUCGUUCCAUGUUUGUUAGAAAAUAUACCUAAUAAUAUGAAAGCGAAUUUCAAGACAUCUAAAGAAGAUCUUCUUUCUUCUUUAAAAAAGUUGAAUAGUAUAUUACUUACAAAAACUUACUUAGUUGGAGAAAGAAUUACCCUUGCAGACAUUUCUAUGUUCACCGCUUUAGUACCUCUAUAUGAAUAUAUUUUUGAUUCAAUAUCAAGGAAACAGUAUCCAAACUUAAAUAGGUGGUUCUUUACCAUUUUAAAUCAGCCAGAAAUACUUUCUACAUUAAAAAAUUUUCAGUUGUGUAAAAAAACUGUAAAACUUUAAGAUUUAAUGAUCUUGAAUAAUUGUUUUUUUUAUAACUGUUUCUAUUAACAAACUUUAUUACAAAUAUAUAAUAUAAUUGAUUAGAAUAA